AUGGCGUCCCCAUCACCCCCGUCACAAAGGGCCCGUGGAGCAAGGGCACGCAUAUGUGUGCACUGCGGUCGGAGUUUCCGGCGGACUGAGCAUUUGGAGCGUCACAUUCGCACCCACACCAAGGAGAAGCCGUUUAUUUGUUUCUGUGGGGCAGCGUUCACUAGAAGAGAUCUACUGAAGCGUCAUACUCGCAUCUCCCACCAGGAUGGUCUUACCUCACCAAGUGCGCCGCCUGAGCCAACUGCAAGGUCGGAUUUUCAGUCUGCACAUCAUCCUGCAGCUAUUCCGCAAUAUGAUACACCGUCCCGAUCGGUAGGGACCCUUGCAGGUCCGUCUGCUGUGCACCAAUGGCCUGCUGCACAGGGUACACCUUAUUCUGACCAGAGCCAUGCGGCUGCUAUGCUCCCUGCAGCUGCGGCUGCCCCGAACCCGACCAUGGAGGCUCAUCCUGGUAUUGUGCAUGAUCCAGAUAUGCUCCAGGCUGCGCAGCUUCUUCUCCCUGGUGACUACCGGGCUACAGCGCAAGCAAUGCCUUACCUACCCGAAGAUCUGAACCAUUUUCAGGAGUUCACCCAUUUCUUGGACUCGAUUGGCCUCCCUGGAGAAUGGCUCCCCAGCGAAGGGGAAACAUCUCAGACCCAAGAAGUUCCAUUGGAAAAUGUCCAGGAAGCCGCCCGACCGACUCAAGAUCAACAGGAAAGGCAGCGACGAAACCCAGGGGGCUCUUCUCGGGGAGACUCUCCAUUUCGAUCCUGGCUUCCAUCUGUACCACGAGGCGAUCAGAGCUUAGGGAACCUCUCUGACUCUGAACCACCACAAGUAGCAAAGAGAACAUCGCGAUUCAAUGUCACUGAGGACCAACGUUUCCGGCUCGCAGCUUCUCUCGAAGACUUCCGCAACGUCAUCCCAGAUUUCGUGCUGCCGUCGCGACAUACAUUGACGCGGUAUCUCACGUCCUACUUUGAGGGAUUCCAGCCUCAUCUUCCAUUUAUGCAUAUACCAACCUUCCACAUUAAUGAACGUGCGCCUGAAGUCAUCCUUGCCAUAAUGACGAUUGGCGCUCAAUAUCGAUUUGAACAUCGCAAUGCGGAAAGAAUCUUCCACGUCUCUAAAGCAGUUCUAUUCGAACGGAUGUCCCGAGAAUCUCGCCUUCCUUCAAAACAAAGCUACAGCUCAGCUUCUCAAGUACCGCUGGGGAUCCCACCCUAUUCCAAUUUUGGGGAUCAAUCUCUUACACCACCGCAAGUAGCAGCGGAGCGGAAUGCUUCAUGGAAGCAAAUUGAAGUCACCCGCUGUCUACUCAUCUUAAUGGGGUACGCAACUUGGGAAAAUGCUCGGCUGGUACAAGAAGCAUUUCAUAUUCAAGGUUUACUGGUUCGCCAUCUUCGAGACGCGGGGCUGACAGAAGACCCCUUGCGCUCUGAUCCACGAGCGCCUCUCGAUUGGUACGAAUGGGCCGAUCAAGAGUCGGGCCGACGAACAAAGUUGAUUGCCUUUUGUUUUGUCCACAUCCACAGCAUCGCAUAUAAUGCAUAUCCCUCUCUACGCAGUAAUGAGAUUCACCUACGGUUGCCCUGUUCCACCGCGGAAUGGAUUGCAGCCACCCCACAGGAAUGGGAAGCCGCCCAGCGCGAAAGAGGUCCUCAGCAGCUCUUCUUCCAGGACGCAUUAACCCUUCUUCUGCAGAAGUCCCGAUCAGCCGUGCCCUUGGAUCCUAUCCCGGCGCCAUUAGGCAACUAUAUUCUCCUCCACGGUCUUCUACAGCGAAUUCAUCUCGUGAGCGAGCUAUCAUUACCAAAUGGAAAUCAUUCCACAACUCUUCCUACUGAAGAGCUUAACAAACUAGAACGAGCUCUUCGUUCCUGGACCUCGGUAUGGCAACAAGCCCCCGAGUCGAGUCUCGACCCACACAACGCCAACGGCCCAAUCCCAUUCACAUCAAGUGCUUUCUUAGGCCUGGCUUACGUCCGACUCUCACUAAAUCUGGGACCCUACCGCCGUCUCGAGACUCGCGAUCCAAUGGUCAUCGCUUCAGCACUGAGGCGUUCUCCCCGCCCGGAAAGAAGCUACCGCCUCAUUCCCGCACUUAUAUACGCUGCCCAUGCUCUCAGUAUUCCCGUACGCUUCGGAAUUGAUCACAUUGCUCGCAGUCAGGCUUUCUUCUGGAGUGUGCGUCAUUCGCUCGCUAGCCUUGAAUGUGCUGUGUUACUGAGCAAGUGGCUCUUCAGUCUUGCCGAGGCUGGACCGGACCAGUCACUAAGUGAAAACGAGUCCCGAAUCUUACGCUGGACACGCUGUAUAAUCGAGGAAGCAUACUCAUCUAUUGACCUAGAUGAAGGCGAGGCACCGCCGAAUCUCGAACCGGCUUCUUUGGGUAUGGCCGUUCUGAAAUUGUGGGCCCGAUUGUUCGGCACGAACACCCAAUGGCCCUUUAUCAAUGUUCUCGGUCAGAGUUUGGAGCGUUAUAUGACUAUGAUCUGA